UUCUUUUUUUUUUCUUGGAUUUUUUUUUUUUUUUAGUUCAUAGGGUUAUGCUCAAGAUGGCUCCGUCGUUCACACGUGCCAUCCUUGCUACAUUCACCCAUCUUUUUUUUUUGAAGCAUUCACUAGACAAGACUUCCCUUUCUACUCUCACCUUCCUCUUCAGGUGAUACUUGAAGAAGUUGAUGAGAGAUUGCCCAGAGAGGAAAGUCUUUGUCUCUAGACCUUUCAGACGCGUCCACCAUACACAUUCUUUCGCCAUAGCCAUAGAUAGAUAGAUAGAUAGAUAUCGUUUAAUAACAGUUUGAUUUGGUUUCAUGCAUCUUAAAGUUUCAUGGCCUUGUAAAAUAAACCUAGCUUUUCAAGCUUAGAUAUUUGGAUGAAUUAUUCACUCAAGUCGGCACUGGACAGUCUCUGAUCAUUUACAUCGUUUAUGCGUUUAUUCCACAAUUGAAACAAUAGUGAAAGUAGCUGAGAGAAUGUCUGUCUGCUUAAAAACUACGCCACUGUCUGUGUGUGACUGUGUAGCAGCUGACGGAUGUAGAAAUCUCUAGUUUGGAAAAAGAAAAGAAACCACAAAAGCUUAUUUGUUGCUGGGUGCGCGCUGACAGAAAUUUGCUCCUGAAUGUUUUAACUGAGACAUUUAUUGUUAUUGUUCUAAACAAUUUCCACUUCCACGGUAUCAGCAAUUCAACGGAUAUCUUAAAUCGGUGACCUGAAGUUGUUUAAAAAUGGCAUCACGGGGCCAGCAGGAGACCACUCGGCUGAAACAGAAUAUGGAAUCCCAGAUGGAGCGUUUGGUACAACAGUUAAUAGAUUUGGAAGAAUGCAAAGAUGAAUUGGAACCAGAAGAAUAUCAAGAGACCAAGGAUGAGACUUUGGAUCAAUUAAAAGAAUUUAAACAUUCUCUUGACAAACUGUUGCAAGGCAAUUUAAGUCUCGUUGAUGAACUAAAUGGCAUGCAGUUGGCCAUUCAAGCUGCAAUCAGCAAUGCUUUCAAGACCCCAGAAGUCAUUCGGCUUUUUGCUAAAAAACAACCAGACCAACUACGGCAGAAAUUAUCAGAGAUUCAACGCGAUACUAAAAUUGGUAAAAUACCUGCUGACCAAGCCAAACAACAGACUGUGGAGAUUCUGACAGCAUUGAAGAAUCUGGGAGAGGAACUAACAUCCGACGAAUCAUCUUAUUUACUGAGUAACUCAAGUGCCUCAAUGAAACAGUUUGAGGAAGUUGCCAUGACGAUGGGCAAGUAUUGCACUUUGACAUUUGUCCUUUGUUGUGUUAAGUUGACUUGCUGGCAGAGUUGUUAGAGCAUUGGAUGAAAUGUUUUGUUGUAUG